AUGGCAGAGUCGAACUCCAAACAACGAAAAGCAUUAGAAGAAGAAGACAGGAUCAGUAAUUUACCAGACGAUGUGCUCAACCACAUCCUGUCAUGCCUCCUUACCAAAACCGCUGUUACCACUGGCUGUCUGUCUCACCGAUGGCGACACCUUUGGCAACAUCUCCGUGUGCUAGAUUUCUAUGAUGACUCCCUCUACUCUGAUAACCCCAUCGAACUCAAAAAGUUUGUUUUUCUGGUGACCGGGGUGCUUACCCUCCUUCCUAAUCCUCGCGGCAUUCGGAAGAUGCGUCUCCACUGUGCUCAUUCCGUUAUCAACGACGACAAUUUUCAUGAUCAUUCACUUGACACUUGGGUUUGUCCUGUCAUUGGGCCUUACCUUGAGGAACUCGACCUUGAUCUCUAUAUCGACGACGAAAAUGCACCUGACUUCAAGCUUCCUCUAAGCCUCUUCACUUGCCCUAACCUUGUUUCACUCAGUAUUUGUGGUGGAAUUCAUCUAGACGUGCAAAGCACUACACCAAUAAGUUUACCAUCGCUGAAGAUGCUGCUAAUUGAUGUCCUCGGUAACGUGGAAGUGGCUUUUGUAAAUGCACUCCUCUAUGGCUGCCCAAACAUCGAAGCUUUGGACCUUCACUUUUUAUCUGAUAGCUUGGAGAAUGUUUGCCUCCCAGCUUCCUUGAAAAGGCUGAAAAUCCAAAUUGAUAAUGACUUUGGGUCUUCGCUUGAAAUAAAUGCACCAGAUCUUGAGUACCUUAACAUUUACCAACACAAAUUCAUCGAUGUUUUAAGCAUGAACAGCUUUCACAACGUGGUAGAAGCAAGUCUUGAUCUCUUUCCUUUCUCGUAUAAUUUUGUCGAUCCAUUACUCAAGCUGCUCAACACUCUCUCCCGGACAAAACAUUUAGUGUUGAGUGGUUCAACAACCAAGUGGCUGCUUGGUGAACCUCGUGAUCUAUUUUUUCAAGAAUUUCGCUAUUUGCUUCAUUUAGAGCUCAUUCUUCCCUGGUUUAACUCCAAUUAUCUGCUUUCCUUGCUUCAAAAAUGUCCUGUGCUACAAGUUCUCAAAAUUCAGAACAAGGAACAGUCACCACCAAUUUUGGGAUGGGCUCCACAACCAAAUGCUCCUAAAUGUCUCGUAUCCCAUCUGACCUUUAUUCAAUUUAAAGGAUUUUUAGGAUUACCAGAUGAGGUGUCAUUUGUUGAGCAUGUUUUGCAAGAAGGAUUGGUUUUAAAGACAAUAAUGAUUAUUUCUGAUAUUUCCUUAGACCAAAGUAAGAAGUAUGACAUUCUCAAAAGAUUAUCGAAUGUGCCAAGGGCCUCAAGAAUGUGUCAGCUUACAUUUGACUGCAUUUGA